AUGCCUGGUGUGGAGGUGGCCGGCGCUGUGUUGGGGGGGCAGUUUGCACCUGCCGGCCCCCCAGGGGUGGGGGCCUUUACUUUGCUAGUAAAGAGACAGCGGACGACGCCCGUGAGGGUGGGAGGCCGUCAGCCGGCUCUGGGCGGUCGGGACCAGCAGCAGAGGGACUGCCGCCCGGUGGCUGUCACUCAGGAGGCCUUCUCCAGUCACCUGCAGGUUUUCAGGGCUGCGAGCCUGCCGCCCAGGCUGGGCCCACGGGGGAUCUGGGGGGACGGGGGUGAGAACGGAGGCUGGGCCCUCAGGGCCGCGGCCGGCAGGCAGGGAGGCGAGGAUGUGCCUUGCUCAGCGGGGCCCUGUGUCGUUGCAGCGAUGGUGCCGGGCCUCCUGCUUCUGUGCGCCGCCCUCGGGGCUGCGGACGCCGCCAAGAUCAUCGUGGUGCCGCCCAUCAUGUUCGAGAGCCACAUGUACAUCUUCCAGACGCUGGCCGCCGCCCUGCACGCGAGGGGCCACCGCACGGUCUUCUUGCUGUCCGAGGGCCGCGACCUGGCGCCCUCGCCCCACUACGGGCUGCGGCGCUACCCGGGAGUCUUCAACAGCUCCGCCUCCGACGCCUUCCUGCAGGCCAAGAUGCGCAACAUCUUCUCGGGGCGGCUGACGGCGGUGCAGCUGUUGGACAUCCUGGAGCAGUACACGCGGAACUGCGAGCUGGUGCUGGGCAACCGCCCGCUGCUCCGCGCGCUCAGGCGGGAGCGCUUCGACCUGCUGCUCGUCGACCCCAACGACAUGUGCGGCUUUGUCAUCGCGCACCUGCUGGGCGUGCGCUACGCCGUGUUCUCCACCGGCCUGUGGUACCCAGCCGAGGUGGGCGCCCCUGCGCCCCUGGCCUACGUGCCUGAGUUCAACUCGCUGCUCACGGACCACAUGAGCCUGGGGCAGAGGAUGAAGAACGCGGCCGUGUACCUGGUGUCCCGGCUGGGCGUCCGCCUGCUGGUGCUGCCCAAGUACGAGCGCAUCCUGCGGAAGCACCGUCCGCUGCCCGGCAAGUCCAUGCACGACCUGGUGCAGGGCUCCAGCCUGUGGAUGCUCUGCACCGACCUGGCGCUGGAGUUCCCGCGGCCCACGCUGCCCAACGUCGUGUACGUGGGCGGCAUCCUGACUAGGCCGGCCCGGCCGCUGCCCCAGGACCUGCAGAGCUGGGUGAACGGGUCCGGGGAGCACGGCUUCGUGCUGGUGUCCUUCGGGGCCGGCGUCAAGUACCUGUCGGAGGACAUCGCCCACAAGCUGGCCGGGGCCCUGGGCCGGCUGCCGCAGAGGGUGGUCUGGAGGUUUUCCGGACCCAGACCGAGGAACCUGGGCAACAACACGAAGCUCAUGGAGUGGCUGCCGCAGAACGACCUGCUGGGGCACUCAGGCGUCCGGGCCUUCCUGAGCCACGGCGGGCUGAACAGCAUCUUCGAGUCCGUGUACCACGGCGUCCCCGUGGUGGGCAUCCCGCUCUUCGGGGACCAUUACGACACCAUGACCCGCGUGCAGGCCAAGGGCAUGGGGGUCCUGCUGGAGUGGAAGACGGUCACGGAGGCCGAGCUCCAGGAGGCCCUGGUGACGGUGAUCAACGACCCCAGCUACCGCCGGAGGGCCCGGCGGCUGUCCACACUGCACAGGGACCAGCCCGGACACCCCGUGGAGCGGGCGGUGUACUGGAUCGAGUACGUCCUGCGCCACCGGGGCGCCCCGCACCUGCGGGCGGCCGUGCACCAGCUGUCCUUCUGCCAGUACUUCCUCCUGGACGUGGCUGCCGUGCUGCUGCUGGCCGCCGCCCUGCUCUAUGUCCUGCUGGCCCGGGCCCUGCCCCUCGUCUGCCGACGGCUCCGCGGCUGCUGGCCCGGGCGCAAGCCCAGCGUGGCGAACGGGCACCACCACAACGGGGUCCUGAACGGCAGGUGCAGGAGGAACGGCCGCGUCCCGCACGCCCCGCACGAGAAGAAGGCGAAGUGAGGGCGUGGCCCCCGUGCCCUCAGGCCCCCGCUGCCCGUGAGUCUAACAAGCACUGAGCGCUGCGUCCGCAGCUGCUCUGACACCCCUCCUCCGAGCUACUAACCAGCCCCGUGCAGGUCCCGUGGCUGCGCGUGCCCAGCCCCGACCUGCAGAACACGCUUCAUUCCAGGGCCGACGCAGAGGCCGGCACGGAACCUGUGAGCUGCCUUCAUCGCCCCCGUCAGGCAGGGCCCACGUCAGACUCAGCCCUGGGCCUGGCGUGUGUGUCCCCGGCGGGGGCGGUCUCCCUCCUGCGUGCCAGUGGGCCCAGGGGUGGCCGCCCAGCGCUGCUCCCACUCAGGGAGGGAGCCGUGCCCUCUGCGGUGCAGGAAAGGCAGCGAGGGUCCGGCGCCCCCGUCCACAGCUUCACGCCAACUCAGGACUGUCUGCCAGAGCCUUUCCCUCCAGCCGAGCGCAGGACAAGAAGCGGGGCGGUCAGGGCACCGGGUUCUGUGCGCUCGUGCUUUUGUUUUCGGUUUUUUGUUGGCUUUGUCGUCCUUUUCUUACAGACUGGAUGCUCCUGGGGGAACACGUACGAUUGAGUAAAUGUAUAAAUUGCUUGUCAUGUUUCAUUUUCCCCUAACCAGUCACUGGCCUCUGGAAGAAUUUUAGUGUUUUUUCCCUAUUUCAUGUUCACGUGUAACAGUGUGUCAACUCUGUGAUGAGACAGAGCGGCCACGUCCUGCCAUUGGUUGAAGUUGACAGGUGACGAUUCCUGCUUUUGUGGUGUCUGAUCAUAAAGUGCGGUUGUUACUGUUCAGGUGUCUCAGCUCCGAAGCUCUAACUCGAAAGACCCGUCCUCGUCACGCCUUCUGUUUUCUGGGCCACACAAUCCACAUCACGGAGGUGCCAACGUGUAACCCGUCCCGGGGAACUUUGCGGCCGCCCGGCCCCACUCCAUCCGAUCUGGGGAAUCCGGACUUCCCGCGCCGUGCGGGGCGACCGAGAGCAGCCGCGGUCUCAGAAACGCCGUGUUGGAAAUGCGUCCCUGUCCCUGCCCCUUGCUCUUCCCCCAGCAGUGGCUUCCGGCCCUGGCAGCCGAGGGGACAGGCCGGGGACCGAGCCCACCGCGGAGCAGAGGCGCCCGUCAGAGGGUGACAUCAGGACCCCUGUCGGCUGCAGCUUGGAGUUUAUUUCAGGUCAUUCUGUUUACUUAGCGUUUGCACUUCGCGUCUCGAGCUUUAUUUAUUGACCGUCUGACCUCCCGGGUCUGACUCCCUGUGACACUCGUCAGUGUGGGAGGGCCGUGAAUGUUCCGAGUGCUGUCGUGCUGUCCGCUCCACGCACCAGGUGACACACGGCGUCACCACCUCCCACCGGGAGCCGCCGGGCUGCGUAUAGGCAUCAGCCAUUUCCCUGCCAGCCGGGCAGAUGCGUGUGCAGCUCUCGGGACACUCGCAGAAAGUGCUUUUGCGCCGCGUGGCCGCAGCGGCGGGGAAGAGGCGGGCUGUGAGCGGUGGCCGGUGCUGGGCGCGGUGGGUGCAAGGGGCUGGUUGCGAUGUGUCUGGAACAGGAUGCGCUCGGCAGUGAGCCCAGGCGGGCGAGGGAGCGCGACCCCUCUCCACUGUGACAACCCCCAACAAUAAACAUGAUGUGAAAACGGA